GCCCCGCCCGCGCGGCGGUCGGCCGGCUGUCACUGCCCUCACCAGCCAUGGUCCUAGCCUGAGGUUUGCAAGUUGGCAUCUUACGCUCCCGACGUGGCCUGGUCCUGAUGGCUGCGGCGGCGGCCCUGGCAGCGGCCGAUCCCCAGCCCACAGUGCCGCAGGCGGCAGGGGCGGGAGGGCCCACCGCCCGUCGAGACUUCUACUGGCUGCGCUCCUUCCUGGCCGGAGGUAUCGCUGGAUGCUGUGCCAAAACAACAGUUGCUCCUUUGGAUCGAGUAAAAGUUUUAUUGCAAGCUCACAAUCACCAUUACAAACAUUUAGGAGUAUUUUCUACACUUCGUGCUGUUCCCCAAAAGGAAGGUUACCUUGGAUUGUAUAAAGGAAAUGGUGCAAUGAUGAUUCGAAUCUUCCCCUACGGUGCAAUCCAGUUUAUGGCAUUCGAGCAUUAUAAAACGUUCAUUACUACAAAAUUGGGAGUUUCUGGUCAUGUGCACAGAUUAAUGGCUGGAUCCAUGGCAGGUAUGACUGCAGUUAUCUGUACUUACCCACUUGACAUGGUUAGGGUACGUCUAGCAUUCCAGGUGAAAGGAGAACAUACCUAUACAGGAAUUAUUCAUGCAUUCAAAACCAUUUAUGCAAAGGAAGGUGGUUUCCUUGGAUUUUACAGAGGCCUGAUGCCUACUAUAUUAGGAAUGGCUCCAUAUGCAGGUGUUUCAUUCUUCACUUUUGGUACCUUAAAGAGUGUUGGGCUUUCCUAUGCUCCUACCCUUCUUGGAAGACCUUCGUCAGACAAUCCUAAUGUCCUAGUUUUGAAAACUCACAUAAACUUACUUUGUGGUGGUAUUGCUGGAGCAAUAGCACAGACAAUAUCCUAUCCAUUUGAUGUAACUCGCCGGCGAAUGCAAUUAGGAACUGUUCUGCCAGAAUUUGAAAAGUGCCUCUGUCACCCUUUCACCCUUGUCUUUCAGUACCAUGAGGGAGACUAUGAAGUACGUCUAUGGACAGCAUGGAAUUCGGAAAGGGCUGUACCGUGGCUUAUCCCUUAAUUACAUUCGCUGCAUUCCCUCUCAAGCAGUGGCUUUUACAACAUACGAACUUAUGAAGCAGUUUUUUCACCUCAACUAAAAAAAGUUAUGGUCUGUGGUUUCCUCUCCCUAAUAAAGUCUUAGAGGAAAACAAGAAAAAUAAAAUGAUACUUUAAUUAUGGGCAAAUAGUACUUGAACAAGAAUAUUUACCCUGUCACAGGGUUGUUGUUCUUGCUUUUUGAGAAGGUCUUGCUGUGUAGCCCAGGCUGGCCUGGAACUCUAGAUCCUCCUGAGUCAGCCCUCCAAGUCCUGGGAUUACAGGCAUGCACCACCAGGUCCGGCAUUACUUAAUUUUUUUUUUCCUAAUUCACAAGCCAAAAGUGAUUAAAAUACUUUUUUAUAGCCAAACAUUUACCUUUUAAUGCUGGAAGAAAUUCUUAAGCUAAUGCUGGCUAAUCAGUUUCGUUAUUUGAUACCAUCUUACAGUUCUUUGGACGCAGAAGGAACUUUAUAAUGGGGUUCAAGAGGUUUCUGGUAGCUUUAUCAUACUGUUCCAAGCUUUUAAUUAUAAUCAUGAUUUUUGUUGUUGUGUGCUUCCACAUGCUAAGCACAUGCUGUUCCACUAAGCUACAUCCCCAGUCUGUAA